AUGGACAUUGUAGCUCGCUGGCCAGGAUCUUGCCAUGAUCAAACAAUUUUCAAAAAUUCAAAUAUUUACAGUAAAUUGGUUAAUGGUAAAUGGGGAAAUAGCUUAAUUGUUGCAGUUAGUGGAUAUAAAAAAUCCAGUCAUAUUGUGACUCCUUUUAUAAAUCCAAGGGGAAAUAUUGAAGAGCUGUACAAUGAGUCAAUAAUUAGAACCAGAAAUCCAGUAGAAAGAACAUAUGGAGUUCUUAAACGUAGAUUCCCAAUUUUAUCUCUUGGUCUACGCUUGAAGCUAACUACAUCACAAGCUAUAAUUGUUGCUUGUUCUAUAUUACAUAACAUUGCAUGCGAUAACAAUGAUUUAGAAGCCCCUGAUCUCAUAGACGUAGUAUUACCACCAAAUGAAAUAAUCAAUGUUAAUCAUGAAGUAAUAGAUGAAGAAGGUUGUGCAAGACAACAAUUGAUAAGUGAGUAUUUCUCUAGACUAUAA